AGAGAGAGAGAGAGAGAGGUGGCAAGACGCGAGUGAGGAGAGCCCAGUCUUGCGUUCCGUGUGCGUGCGUGUGUGUGUGCGUGAGGCGUCGUGUGGAGGAGGAAGGAAGGAAGGAAAAGAUUGGAAAAGGGUGUGGCGCGUGCCUGUUAUUCUAUUCAACGUUAAACAGCUUAGCGUACUGGUUACUUUGUGUGGUGGUGUGACAGCGAUCGUGGUCGUGACGUGGCCCUGAGGGGGAAGGGAAGCCUCGUGCAUCGCGGCGGCAGGAAACAAAGCUAAUGGUGUCGCCGAAGCCCCACAAGCGUGAUAUCAAGCCCCGGGCGAGGGUCUGAGGGCGACACACACACACACACACACACACACACACUCACACUGCCCCACCCUGCCCGCUUUCAAAACCUGGCACCACCACCCACACUCACGCCGUCCUCAACCACCCGUGCUACUGUGACCACACCCCGCGCGCCCUCCAGCCUGCCAUGAGUGAGUGACCAGCCCCAGGAAAGCAGUGUAUGUGGGUGCGUGAGUCCCCUGAACCAAGGCCGCCUCAGAUGCCUCGCCCGACCCCGCCCGACGCUUCCCCGGCCAUGGCGUCGCUGCGAGAUGCCGUAUCCCCCGUGCUGGUGGUGCUGCGGGCCGUCGAAGUGUCCCUGCUGGGCCUGGGGCAGCUGGUGUGGCGCCAAGCACAGAUUCGCGCGGCGGGGGCAUACGAGGGCGUGAAGCGGCGGGCCAGCGACACCUACGACGGCUGGCAGGUCAGGGCCGGCGGCACGUACAAGGAGGUGCAAGGUCGCGCCGCCGAAGCCUGUCAGCAGUAUCUCAACAGGGCCAGUCUGCUCUUCAUCCAGUCCCAGCUCUGCCUCAGCCUCGCCCUCCACCGCUGGCACUUCAAGCUCAGCCUCAUGGCCAAGGACGCUCGCCGCCGCCUCGCCCGCUGCCUCUCCGACGUGGGCACCGUGCAGCAGUGGGGGCGGCUCAAGGUGGCAGGCUGGAAGCGGUCUGCGGCACACUCUGCGAAGCCACUGGCGCCGCCCCGGGGGAGGAAACGUGUAGAAGGGGAAGAAGGAGGAGGAGUAGGAGAAAAAAAAGGGAAGGAAAUGUGAAGGAGGAUGACCAGAUUCUUGAGGGUAAAAAUGACGAAGGAAUUGGUUAUGUUUCCUUCUUUCCUUCCUUCCUUCCUUCCUUCAGCUUGCAGUAUUUUUAUCGUUGUUUGUGCUCGUUUUUCUCCGUUUUCUUCCUUGUUUGUGUUUGUCGUAGAAAAUGGGAUUGUGUUUGUGCGUGCGUGCGUGCGUGGGAAUUUCAAACAUUUUUCGUGUAUAUUAUUAUUAUUAUUGUUACUAUUAAUUCUUUAGCAUCUUAAACCUGGUCUUACUUAACCUGUUUUGCGUGUGAUUGUUAAGUUAAGAGGUAAUUUUGACG